AUGCCUGCUCCUAGAUUAUUUCUUUCUGCCCUUGCAGGAUACUUGAUCUCGAGUACCCUCGCCCUCGAACUCCCAAAAUAUCGUGGUUUGAAGACGGCCCAGAACGGCAGUGUUCUCGAAGUCACCCUCCAUAACCCCGACUCCGCCAUCAACCUCUGGAGCCAGGACUUCCAAGAGGGACUCACCGAUCUUGUUCAGAAGCUUCAGGUCGACAACGAAACCAAGGUCGUUGUCUUCAAGAGCGACUUCUUGCUCGCCUUGGACAUGCGAUUUGCCACGAAGACAGAGACGCUUCUUGGCCAGAUCGAGGUAGGCACCGGCCUCGUUCCAGGGGGCGGAGGGGGCCAGCUGCUUUCCCAAAUCAUUGGGAGGGGGCUGGCAAUGGAGUACAUCUUGAGCGGCAAGGAUAUCAAUGCAGAAGAUGCAGAGAAGAUCGGCUGGAUCAACAAGGCCUUUAACAAUGCUGCCGACAUGUACGCCCACGUCAACGAGCUCACGUCUCGCUUCAGUCUGUUCCCAAGGGGCGCGCUGGUUGCUGCAAAGAACUCGAUCAACCUGUGGGCUCGGCCACCGCAGGAGAACUUCUUGAAAGACGCCGCCGCCUUCAACGCGCGCCUAGCUGAUCCCGUCGUCACGCAACUAUUGGGCCGAGCCCUGGUUCUGACCAACAACCUGACACUGGGCGAUAUGGAGCUCAACUUGGGAAGCACACUUCCCCUUCUCUACCAGUAA